AUUCACUAUUCUUCUGGUAAAGAACGGAAAAUUUGCAACAAUGUACGAUCAAGAUGGGGUCUUUGUAAAUUAAAGAAUGGGGAUUGUCACUAAAAAAGCUGGGGAACUCGAAGUUUUGUCAACAACAGUAAAGAUUUAGCAAAGCUCAGGGAGAUUUGUUUCAAUGUCAAUGAGGUUUGGGAAUCUUGGCAUUGUCAGGAGAAUGCACAAGAUAAACCACGUGGUUAAAGUGGGUGGGGAGGGGGUGGGUGGAAUGUUGUUAAGUGAGCAAAGGGGAAAACAACACUCAUGGUGAAAGGAAAAAAAAUGCCUGCCAGGCCUCAAUGUGUAAACCACUUAUUGAACCAUGCACUUCCUUCUAUACGAUAAAAACAGAAAGCGUUGGAAAUGUUCAGCAAAUCAGUGGCUAAAGGAACAGAAAUAACGUUUCAGGUUAGCAAACCUUAGUCAGAAACCAUGCCCAAUCAGAGCUUCCCUCUCCCCAGUCUUUCCCUCCCCAACUCCAUCAGCUACUUAAAACUGUUUUCUUUCCCAAACCUGAAACAUUUUCAACUAAGAUAAACACAAAAUGCUGGAGUAACUCAGCAUUACUCCAACAUUUUGUGUUUGCAUCUUCGCUGUAUAACCAGCAUAUGCAGUUACUUCCUACUGUUUCGACUAAUGCUGCCUGACCUACAGAGGGGUUCCGUAUUUUCUGUUCUUAUUUCAGAUUUACAACAUCUGCAGUCCGUUUGCUCCCCACCAUUUUCAUUAUCUGCACAGACGACCGGUGCGAGGUCCCUACGGGUUGUUUUGGUUCAUUGUCAACCUGUGUUUAAACAGUUAUCCCCAGCGGACAGCAGCUAUUUGACUGCGAUGUCAGCACUAAUAACGAUUAGGCAAAAAUGCUGGAGUAACUCGGCGGGAGAGGUAGCAACUCUGGAGAGAAGGAACGGGUGACCCGAAACGUAACCCAUUCUCUCCAGGGAUGCUGCCCGUUUCGCUGAGAUACACAGCAUUGUGUGCCUAUCCUCCGUGUGCUUAUCCUCUGCGCCGAAGGUAAGCAUCUGCAGUUCCUUCCUACACGAGUAAGGAGUCAUUUGGAACAUGGCAAAGUCACCUUGGACUAAUCUCUUCCUCACCUGGGGACAGCCACAGAAAGCUAUUACCCGUUCCUUCCUACCCUCCUCCAAAUUGACCCAGUGGCUGCAUUUCGUUGGGUAAAAGUUUGGAGGAUCGAUUGUCAAUAAUGUUUAGUUAAUGGAGGAGGAGGGGAGUGUAGAUUGAGACAAGUUGGUCUGUGUUUUGAAUGGGCACUUCCGCUUCCGGCUGCAGGUUGCUCAUGCAGCCGCCGCCUGUCAGGGAUGCGCUGGCGGCCAGCGCUGAACGAACCUGAGCGCUCGGUCUCGAUCCUGCCUCCCCUCAACCCGUGUUAGAGUCGUUAUCUGCUGGCACUGACAGGGGGGGGUGGAAGGAAGACGUGGUUGUGCAGCAGACGACAUUUUUAUCCCUUCUUCCCCCCCUCCUCCCGUUUACCUCACGACGCGAUGAAGAAGCUUUUCGACGCUCGCAGGGAAGGCGCGGCCGCGGCGGCGGCGGGGGGAGCCGGCGGCCAGUCCGGGAACGCCGGCGGCUGGUCGUCCUUCCAGGGGAAGGUGUACACGGUGGGCCGCUACCAGGUGACGGUGGAGGAGUUGAUCGCCGAAGGUGGAUUUGCUGUAGUGUUUUUAGCUAGGACGCCCAGUGGUGUAAGAUGUGCUCUGAAACGAAUGUAUGUAAACAGUGAACAUGACCUCCAAGUUUGUAAGCAGGAAAAAACAAUAUUUUAUAUGAAAGAUCUCUCUGGGCAUAAAAAUAUUGUUAACUACCUUGACUCCAGUGUUGCCUCGAUAAAUGUUAGUGACGUUUGGGAGGUCCUUAUUCUCAUGGAAUAUUGCAGAGGUGGUCAGGUGGUUAAUUUGAUGAACCAACGAUUGCAUUCUGGCUUUAGUGAAUCUGAAGCGCUGCAAAUAUUCUGUGACACUUGUGAAGCAGUGGCCAGGCUACAUCAAUGCAAGCCUGCAAUUAUUCAUAGAGACCUGAAGGUUGAAAACAUUUUACUUCACAAUAGCGGAAACUAUGUCCUCUGUGAUUUUGGAAGUGCUGCAAACAGAUUUAUAUGUCCUCAGAUUGAAAGGGUUGAUGUAGUUGAGGAGGAAAUAAAAAAAUACACAACCCUGUCAUACAGAGCACCAGAAAUGGUUAACCUUUACAGUGGAAAGUCCAUUACAACUAAAGCUGAUAUAUGGGCACUUGGAUGUUUACUUUACAAACUUUGUUUCUUCACUUUACCAUUUGGAGAAAGCCAAGUAGCCAUAUGUGAUGGAAGUUUUACAAUUCCAGAUAAUUCUAGGUACUCUGACGAGAUACACAGUUUAAUACGAUAUAUGCUUGAGGCUGACCCUGACAAGAGACCUGACAUUUAUCAGGUUUCGUUUUUUGCAUUUAAGCUGUCAAAGAAAGCGUGUCCUGUUAAGAACAUCAAUAAUGUGCAAAUUCCUGUGAAAAUGCCUGUACCAAUAAAAGCUAGUGAAACCGUUGUUAAAAAGUGUCAACUACGAGCAAGGCUUACUGAUCCUGCUCCAACUACAGAAACCUCGAUAGCACCUCGCCAGAGGCCUAAAGCAGGCCAGCCAACUCCAGCUCCAAGUGCUCUGACAAUUCAACCUGCUGUGACUCCAAGGAAGAGAUCUACUGCACUGCUUGUCUCGCAGCCAGCAACCUCGCCAUUAGUCUCACAGCCAGCAACUGCACAGUUGGUCCCGGAGCCAGCAGGAACCACAUCUGCAAGUAAUGGGCACAUUGGCCAAUUACAAGGUCAACAAGCACAAAUCCAGCCAGCACAUCCUCAGCAUCUCCAACCAAGUCCACAGGCACAUCUGUUACUCCAACAACAGUACUUGCUACAGCAACAAACCUAUUUCCAGCAGCAGCAGCAAAUGUUUCAGACCGCUCAGCGCUUCCAAAUGAUCCAGCAGACUCCGCAGCAAAUGAUGCAGAAUUACUACCUUCAGCAGCAAUACGCAACAGCCAUGCAGCAACAAGCACUUUUGCGGCAGAUGAUGGCACAAGGAUGCAUUCAGCAGCAGAUGACACUGCAACACCCACAAGCUCUUACAUACAUGCAGCAAAAGAUUCAAGUUCACCAAGCUCCACCUCAGUCCCAGCAGACAGCUAAACUAUUGUCACUAACGCCGCCAUCAUCACCGAAAGUACAACGAGCUGGCCACAGGAGAAUUGUCAGUGACGUCCCUUUCAGCAGUGUAUUUGGAGUCCCUGCCAGUCAUUCCUCUCAACAACUGGCGGCUGCUGCUGCUGAGGCAAACCUUUAUAAAUCUAAGUCAGCAUCCACAAGUCCUGCAGGAUCACCCAGAACUUCACAGCAAAAUAUUUAUAAUCCACCAGAUAUCUCUACGUGGAAUCCAUUCGGUGAUGACAAUUUUUCUAAGCUAACAGCAGAGGAACUUCUAGAUAAAGAGUUUGCCGAGCUACGAAAGGAUAAAGCUGCAGAACCGAAAAAAGUACCACCUGGCAAUGUCGCUCCAGGUUUUCACUCUGGCUUGGCUAUGCCACAAACAGAUAUGUUUGGGGCUUCACCCUUUGCAUCUGGGGCAGAAGCAAAAAUAUCAAUGGAAACUAUAGACUCUAGUUCAUCAGCAACUAUUCCUGAUCCUUUAAUACAUGUGCCACCCUCUAACUUCCCAGUUGACCUGCUGAUUUGUUUUGGGAAUGAUAACUCUACUGGGCGUAACUCUGUUUCAAAUCCCAGAAUUCUUCCUCCUUCAGCUGACAACACUGAGCCUUUUAACCCUGCUAGGUCUUCUAAUCAAACUGGCUGUGGCAAUAUAGUCUCAGUGAAGCAUGCAAAUCAGAACAUUCCACCGGUUGUGGGAGAUAUGGCAGAGGAUAGAACUGAACUGAGUUGUGGUGAAAUGGUGCACUUUAUAGGACGCUGUUUAUCAGCAUCACUUACUGAGGAACAUUCAAGUGAUUUCACUUCAUCUCCAGGCACUUUUCACAGCAGUGACGAGGAAGAUAAAUCUAAUGAGAUAAGCCAAUUUGAAGGUUGUGAAAAAGCCACUGCUGCAUUAACUGACUUUCAGCUGGAUCCUGAUCUAAACCUAAACACUUGUGAUCUACACGUGCUUAGGUGGCAAGGAGAGAAUACCACCCAGGUGCUUUCUGUAGGUGAUCACACAUUGUGUAAAAUGCAAUUAUCUGAUUCUACUUCCAACAUUGAAGAUUUACAGAAUUCCACCACAGAUUUGGAAACAAAGACGUGGCCUUUUAACGCAGCCGAUUCACCUGCUGAAACAUAUAAUGGAGCUGGUAACCAGGAAACGGAUGUAUUUAAAAAUGCCCCAUUUGCACUUAAGAUAGAUUAUGAUACUGAUCUUCAGAUUGUUAUAAAAAAUACACCAUCGGCUCAGCUUGAACCUAGGCAACCCACUAAUUUGGAACAAACGGAUGUAUCCAGCCACAUUUUGUUUGAAGAGGUUUCAGUUGAAAAUACAAGGUCCUCUGUUGCAACCUGCCACUUGAAAUCGACCAAAACAACUAGCUCAAGGGAAUGUGCGCAGUCAACUGGAAGUGGACUGACUUCUGAUACAAGCAAAGCAGGACAGAAAGGGGAUCAGAAAGAACUAUCAGAGGAGUACAGCUCCAAGGAUGCUUGUCAUUUAACGAAUCAUAAAACUGAAUUAUUUUCAGAAGCUUCUGUGUUAAAUCCUUUUAAUCAAUAUUACUAUUCUGAAUACUUGGGGUGCAAUAGCGAAGUGCAUUCAGACAAACAAAAUUGGAUCUUGGGACAGCUGCAAUCUGGUGGCCUGUCUCAUGAGAAGCGCUUUGCACAUUCAAGUUCACCACCACACACUGAUGAUGAUCCAUUUUCUGCAGCACCUUUCCCAAAGAAGGGAUUAUAGAACAUUCAAACAUGUCCCAAAAAGGAAAAAUGGCAGUGCCCAUCUGACAUUGUACUUUGACUGAACCUAGGAAUAAGGAUAAGUGCGCCUGUUAUUUAUCGAGUAUAGAACAGUGAUUUAAAGAAUUAUUCGGCAGGUUCAGAUAUGUACGUUUCUUAACAAUUCCAUUGUUAUCUGACAAUCAUAAACAUCAUCAGCCCCGCUUCUCUGCCUCUACCUCAUGCUGUCCGCUUAAACUUCACAUUCCUGCCAUGUCCAGAUGCAACUCUUUCAUUGUUGUGAUUGCUGCAUUAUUACUGUUUCAUCUCCAACUCAUUAAAUCUCAGAUCUGUCAACCUCUACAUUCUUUAAGCAUUAAUGGCCCUUUUUACCCUGUACUGAUGUGCAUGGCCUUUGCUCACCACAAUGCCUCACUAAGCAUACCUAGCCUAUCUAUCACCAUUUCUAAUAAUGACCACAUCAUGGGAAUUAAAAUGUGACAUAUGUAAAGAUCAGCCAUUGGUUAUGGUAAGUAAAAGCAAAACUACUAAUUAGUGUAGUUAUUGGGGCUACUAUUACAUUAAAUAUUGCACUACAACUGUGGCUCCCUAUUAGUUGUGCUAUAUCAUCUGAUUGGUAGGAAAAUGUUGAUCCAUAAACUAUCUGCAUUUUUGCUGUGCUGGCAUUUCACAUUUGUGUGUCAAUACUGUUUUACAUAGAGCAAUUUAAGAAUUAAAGCUGAUUUGCUGUUGUCAUAGCUAUGUUGAAUGAAUAUGUAUUUUAGUGGAAUGCAAGUUUCCAAAUUAAAUCUGAACUUGAACAUUUGAUUGAUCACUACUGUGGUGAAUAUGGUUAGUUGUCCAUGCUAAAUUAAUUGAAGUCUGAAGAUUCGAUAAUGGUAAACAUUCGAAAAUGUGUUCGUGCAAAGCAUAGGAUAAAUAAUUACACAUUUACCACACAACAGCAGAUACGAAAGAUAACAUCAAAUGGUUUUUAUUAAAGAUGCAACAUUCAGGAGUAUAAACAUUUUCAAAACAAUGUUCUUUUAUCAAAAACCAAAAUGCUUUGUAUAGCAAACAAAAAAUGGUCAUAUUAGCAAAUACCCUAUGAAACGAAGAAAAAUGACUAACAGAACAAUUGCAAUAGCUGAAUAUGUUUGG